UGAUAAACAUUCAAGCUGUAAUGAUUGGUCGGUUUGAAUUCCCAUCUAUUGCUGAUGUAAUCUGACAAUACAUUUAUACAGGUGAGAGGAGGGAGCUGAGGGUAUUUGGACGGUUACACCUCAUAAGAGGAAGAGAGUCUUUGCCUGAUGGAUAAUUCUUCAAUGUUCUUUCUCUCAGGUUUAAGUGAGACAAGGAACUAUCGCUUCACUAUCUUCUCUCUCACUCUACUAUGUUACUGUUUCAUUUGGCUGGUAAAUGGAGUUCUCAUUAUGACCAUCAUCAUAGAUAAAAACCUGCAUGAACCAAUGUAUAUUUUUGUGUGCGUAUUUUGCAUAAAUGGGCUUUGGGGGUCAUCUGGUCUCUACCCAAAGUUACUCUGGGAUCUUCUGUCUCCCGUUCAUGUCAUCUCAUACUACGGAUGUCUUAUUCAGGCUCUGGUAAUGUACACGUUUGCCUGCAGUGAUCUAUCAAUUCUUGCAGUCAUGGCGUAUGACAGAUACGUGGCUAUAUGUCGACCCCUGGAGUACCACUCCCUCAUGUCAAAGCAGAGACUGGUGAAGUUUGUGUGUUUCUCUGUGAUUACACCUUUUGCCAUCAUAUCAACAAACAUUUAUUUAUCAUCACGGCUGAAGCUGUGCAGUCGUCAUAUUGCCAGAAUCUUUUGUGUGAAUUGGGUUAUCGUUUCACUUGCUUGUUUUCCAGCUGAAACUAUUCUUAAUAACAUCGUAGCCUACAUUACAAUCAUCAUUUAUGUAUUACAUGGUGUUUUUAUAGCUUGGUCCUACAUCUAUCUGAUCAAAACAUGUGUGAAUUCUUUAGACAACAGAGCAAAGUUCAUGCAGACGUGUGUGCCACAUUUGACCUCCCUGCUCACUUUUCUUCUGACUGUACUUUUUGAUAUCAUGUACAUUCGAUAUGGUUCUAAAGAUUUAUCUCAAACUAUCCAAAACUUUAUUGCUAUAGAGUUUCUGGUCAUACCUCCUCUGAUGAACCCACUGAUUUAUGGCUUUAAACUGAAGAAAAUAAAAAGCAGAAUUCUGGGAUAUAUUAUUGUAAAAUUCAAAUCAUAAUGUGACAUAGGAUUGAUUUAGUGCAGUCAGAAGACUGACAGAAUACUCUGUAUGUAAAUCAUGUUUUCUGCUCUAAAGCUGGAGAAAGUCUUUAUAAUUGUACACAUUUUUAUUUUGUAUCAAGUGUCUGCAACAAUAAUCCUUCAUAUCACGCUUUCUCUUACUUUUCUGUUACAAACAGGGAGAAAUCCAGCGUGUCCAUGGUCAGGCACACUCUCUUUUAUAAUGUUGUAGCUCUGUAAAAUCCUGCUGGUGAAUUUAAAAACUCAUAACAUUAGAAACCUUCAUUUAAGUUAAUCAAAAUGUGUGUUCUCCUAUAGAUGAACUUGCCAUUUGUACAUCAGAUGUUAAGUUUUCUACUGGCUUGAUAUGUGUUCAUUAUUUGGACUUUGUUUAGAAUCAGAAGACUCAUUUAUUUUGUAAAUCAAUCAUGCGUAUGAGGGGAGAAUGAGAGGCAGUGGCAGCAUCAGAUAUAUCUUUGCUUUCAUGGUCAUGUUUUUAGUUGAUUUAAAAAUAUAUAUUUUAUAAAUAUAUUUAUGAAACAUGGAUAAUCGACCAGCAGUAAUGAAUUGAAAAGCCAACAGAAAGUGAGGGUAUCAGGUAGAGCAUGUUUACAGUAAAUUAUUCAGGGUUUGAUGUAAAAUGUUCGCAUCAUGGAGCUUGGAGUUCAAAAGGCACAAUGAGCCUGAGAGGGGGAAAGUGGUCCGUUUUUAAAUAUUACAUAUUAUAUUACAGUUUCUUUAGACAUUUAAUUUUUCUACCAUAUGUAAUAACUGAAUUUCAUGGUUUUGAAGAAUCAUCACGUCUGAACCAUGAUUGAAGAUAAAGUGCUGACAGCAGCCCACAUUUAAUGAGACAGGCAUGUAGUAUGUUCACUGUGUGAAUACAUUGUGUUUUAUUCUUUCACCCUGUCAUGCUAAUUCUUUGUACCUUUUGUUUUAUUGAAAACAUAUUCGUCAAGUGACUCUAUUCAAGCAUAUAUUAAUAGCAAAGUAUCUUGUGAAUACAAUACACAGUCUCUUAUAGCCAAUAGUCCUUUUGGGGCUUAUUCUGUAAUUACAAAAAAUCUAUAUAGAAAAGAAAGGAAAUCUUGUCAAGCUUACAGUUGGAUUACUUUCAACUGCUCUUUGUUUUUGGAUUCAGUAAUAGGAGAAGUGAUUGGAUUUGGGCUUUUUUGCCUUUCUUUGGUAGCACAGCUUGAGAGAAACAGGAAAAGUGAUGAGAGAGAGAGGGUGACAUGUAAGAAAUAAUGCUGAGGCCGGGAAUCAAUAUAAGAAAUGUUGGUAUGCACAAUCAGUGAAAAACAAUAAGCAAUAUAAACAAACAGAAUAGCAAACAUACAUUUAUUUUACAUUCAGAAGACAUGCACCUGCAGCAGAUUGUUAAAAUUGCCUCCACAGUUGUUUAGCAUGUGAGCAAGACAGAAAGAAAAGGUACCCACGGUUCAAUGACCCCCUACAGAAUAACUAGUAUCAUGUUAUAACAAUA